AUGACUGCAUCAUACCUUAUUGCGGGAAGAAGGAUUCCCUCUCAUUACUUAGCCAUGGCAACUUUAGCCACAACUUUUGGAGGUAUAUAUCUAUACACACAUUUGUCAAAGAGCAAGAAGACUGAGAAGAAGGCACCAGUGAAAGUUGAGGCAGGAAAAGAUGAUGAUAUCAUGAAAAAUAUUGAUGAUUUCUUGAAGUCCGCCGAGCAGGAGCAGAAAGACUAA